UAAUCAAUGCUAGGUUUUUGUUUCUUCCCAUGUAAGUACCUACUGCUGUAGAGCGUUACGUUAAAAACAUUGUUUUGGAAGGAAUAAUGGUCAUUAUGGCAAUCGGCUUCGACCAUUACAAUUAGAACUAGAAUUAGAACACUUACCUUAUUACGUUUGGUCACUUGGAAAUUGGAAUGCCAUAAAACCUGCUUCAGACUGCGUGUUAUAUAAUGUAUGGCGAUGAUUUACGAAGUUAUUAUGAAACGCAUUUGGCAUUGGCACCAUUUGCUGCAAGAGUGACUCAAUCCGCAGUGGCGUGACUGAUCGGCAGGGACUCUGCCCCCUCACGCUCCCUCCCUGUAUCCGCCCCUGCCGCGCGGCGCGACCUAAGCCGAGGUCACGUGUCCCGGCGGCCGGCCGACGCCUGGGGUCAGGUGACUCGGCGGCCGGCCGGCGCCUGGGGGCACGGCCAGCGGCGCAGCGCCGACCAGGGUCAGGUCAGUAGAGGUCGGACUGCGGCCGGGGCGGCGCCGCCCACUACUCACUAGCCGGUGAACGGAGGGACCCGUACCGUCAGCAUGUGGUCGAGGGGAAGAUGGCGCGUCACAGCCUUGACUCUGAUUCUCGUCUCUGCGCUGGCAUCCGCCGAAAACCUGACCGGCGCUGACACAACGGAUGGUGGACUGCUGGAUAACCACCAGCCUGCAGUCGACAAACAGCGCGAGCCAAAGGCAGUCUGGACGAGCGGAGGCAGUCUGGACAACCAUAAGACUGGUCCAACGACCGGCAGUCUAGCUAAUCACCAGUCUGGUGCAGCGACUGGCAGUCUGGACAACCACCAGCCUGGUGUAGCGACUGGCAGCCUGGACAGUCACCAGACUGUUCCAGCCGCCGGCAGUCUGGACAACCAUCAGCCUGGUGCAGCGACUGGCAGUCUGGACAACCAUCAGACUGUUCCAGCCGCCAGCAGUCUGGACAAUCACCAGCCUGGUGCAGCAACGGGCAGUCUGGACAACCAUCAGCCUGGUGUAGCGGCUGGCAGUCUAGGCAACCACCAGACUGGUGCAGCCACUGGCAGUCUCGAAAACCACCAGCCCGCAGUCGACUCUCAGUCUGCUCCAGAAACGGGCAGUCAGCCCACCCAACAUCAGGAUCAAGGAGCAGGACAGCAACAUCAUGAGUCACAGCCAGUCCUUCAGCCUGGAGUUGGACAGAAGUUCAAACCGCAGGCAGUCCCCGAGCCUGUCGUCUGGCCGGAGUCGGGUCAACAAUACGGACCAGGAGCCGGUCAGCAACAGCAUUACUACGGAGCUGGCCCAGACCCAGGACAUCCGCACCCAGAAGCUGAGCAGCCGUACAACCAGCUGGGAACCGGCCGGCCGUACAAGCAGUUCGCUGCGUACGGUAACCAGCAGGGAGCAAGCGGGUGGAACCGGCCAGGAACCGGCCAGCAAAACCAGAACCAACACGGCUACGGGACGGAGAACCAGUACCAACCGGGGCCCAGUGACGAAGACUGGUACGAGAAGGUCCGACGGCAGCCGGUCGGGACAAACUACGGGCCAGCGAUCACCGUGCGCCACGAGUCUGAGCCGAGACGUCCCAACUUCCUACCUCCUGAAGAGGAGGAAGGCGAGGGAUGGCUGGGCACGCUGACGGGCGUGCUGGACUCGUUCACCGGGGUGCACCAGGGGUCGGACUCUGACGACAUGGACCAGAGGGAGCCGGAUAUGUUCCGACCUGAUCCUGCUGCAAUGUAUCGACCAGAACCGAACCAGUAUCAUCGACCGGGACCGAACCAUCACUACCGACCCCGACCGGAGCAGCACUGGCCCGAGUCCCAGCGGCCGUACAGAGAACAGGUGGCGAAUCCUCACCGGCCGGAGUGGCACAAUCCGCACCGGCCGGAGUGGCACAAUCCGCACCCGCCGAGCCGGGAGUACCGCCAGGGAGAGGCUGGGCCGAGUCGUCCGGAGUGGGGCGAUCCUCAACCUCAGCCAGACACCAGGGAGUACCGCCAGGGAAAACUUCAGCCCGACGAGCCGGAGACGGCUGAGCGAACUCGACCUGAGACGGUCCGGCAGUAUCGGCAGGGACCAGCCGAUCCUAACCGACCGGAUGUAGACCAGCCGUUCGGACCAGCGUCCGGUGAGCCAUACCAGCGGAAACCAGCGGAGCCGCACCAGCGGAGACCAGCGGACCCUCACCAGCGCAGACCAGCAGAGCCUUACCAGCGCAGACCACCACCCCCGGGGCAGCGCCCGACCGCCGACAGGAGAUACGAUACACCCUUCGGUCCCCAGCCGAACAGCGACGCAGAGCUGUUCGCGUACCCCAGCGACUUUAUCGCGGAUCUGAAGAACGUCGCCUGGUGGUGCUUUGUGAUUAUCGGCGCGUUCCUGCUGAAUUUGGUUGUGUAUAACGCUAUUUCGAGCCCGCUGGAGGCAAUUCUGGCUGUGAAUGGCACACUCAACGCCACAGGGGCUGCAUUGUGAUGGAAUGUUACAGCAUAGUUCGACGUCGCAUAGUGCGACGUCAGGUUUGCGAUAUUACGCCAAAUAUAUUUUUCAAUCGUAUUUUUGAUAUUAAGUCAUUCUUGAAUGAAUUAUUUGUCCAUCUGUAAUGUGCCAGUAGCGCUGGGUGGGGUGCGUCGCAUUGUCUCUUGUUUUACCGAGUGUUAUUCGAAAAUGCACAAUGUUAAGCCGGCGCUGUUACCAAAUUGCCUCGGUGACCAUGCUAAAUAUAUGUGCUGCAAGCUAACAUA